GGAUGAAGCUUAUUGAAGCCUGACAAAUGUAAACUUUAAAAAUCAGGCUCAAAAUAUAUUUAUUAAAACAUGGCAUUAAAUCCAAGACUUUACAACUACUGAUAUAUAGUUAUACAGAUCCAGUACUUUUUUUGUGACGCGUACCAGCACCUUUCAGCUUUCUAAAUUGUAAAUUUAAAAGAAGUCAUGGAUUCUCCAAGCCCUGGGAAUGUUUUGAUAGUCGGUGAUGGUGAUUUCUCAUUUACAGUUUCUCUGAUGAAAAAAGCAAAUUUAGUAGGUCCACAGGUCACUACUUCAACAAUACAGACUAAAGAUGCAAUUCAGCAGCUUCAGUUGGGUUCAGAGAACAUUGACUUCCUGACAGAAAUUGGUGUAGAUGUUUUAUUUGAAACAGAUGCCCGUGAACUUCACUCUCAUCCUGUUGUAAGACUAAAAGAUUAUCAUAGGAUCAUAUUCAACUUCCCACUGGCUGACAGGCACAAUAUCAAGAAAAAUAGAGCUCUAUUGGAAGAGUUUUUUGCCAGCUGUCAUCAGAUUCUUGUAUGUGAAGGUCAUGUUUUUGUCACACUAUGUAAAGGUCAAGGUGGGACACCAGCAGAUCAGCCAAUGAGAUCAUGGCAUGAUAGUUGGCAGGUCCUAGCCAUGGCUGCUAAUGCAGGUUUUCUGCUCAACAAUAUAUUGACUUUUGACAUAUCAAGCUUUCCAGGUUAUCACAGCACAGGUUUCAGGUUUCAGGACAAAAGUUUCAGUACUGAUGGUGCACUGACACACAUAUUUGAAAAGGCUGAGCCAAUUAGAGCACAGGAUGAUAUCAAACUUAGGGGAGUGGUUACUUGUGGUGAGAGUUGCUUCUCCUGUUCCCAGUAUCUAGUGGACAAGUUGGACAAAGAUUUGUUACACAAGGAAGACAAUCCAUUGUGCAUACUUAGAAAAACAUUGGAAAAGUUACUGGCUUGUAAUAUGAGGGGUAGUGUAGUUCCUGAUCCACCAUCCUGGCAAGUUCUUCCUGGCUAUACCUCAGGGGUAUUUGUAAGCAAGAAUCUGGAACAAAAAUCUUUGCCAGAAAGGAGUGAAGAAGAGUUAAUAGAAGUGACAGUAGAAGAGAAAGAAAGAAAGAAUGAAGUGAACGCUAGCUUAAAAGUAAAAACUAGUUUGCUGAAACAUGGACUGGAUGAGACAUUGAAGUCAACGCUGGAUUCUCAUCCAUCUGAUCAUUGUCUUCAUCACUGUGUCAUUGACAACCCUGAGUCUGUGUAUCUCCUUUUAAAAAACAAACUUUCUGAAACUUGUGGUGGUGUCAGCCAAAGUUGUUCAGAUAAUAAUGAUGUGACGAGUUCUGGAUCACUGAAACCAACAGGCAUAGAUCAAACAGAUUUCAUAAGUGGUAACAUAGAAAAUAAAAUGUAUCACUUUCGUGCUUCCUUGUUAGAAAAUUUGCCUGAUCUGCUGUUGAAGCUGAAUGAAGAUCAAACUUUACCAACUGAAGUUGUGGAAUGUGACGUUUCUUCUGGCAUUAUUUUAUCAGGUCAGUGUUACAUACAGUGUCCAAUAGCACCAAACAUUGUGCCAUCCCAGCAUGAACUUGUGGCAGUUUUUAAACUCUCCAGUGAUACAUGUAGCAUUGCUAGUCAAUCUGAUAAAUUCCUUAAGGACAAAGCUUCACUUGAUCAUGACAUUGCUAUAGCAUCCAAUUCACCAUAUGAAUCAUUAGUUAGAGCAUUAGAUUCAACUUUAAGAAAUUCCAGUUUAUUUAUAAAUCAUAAUCUGCACAUAGAAGACUACAAAGGCUCACAAACAAUAAAAGUGAAAGGAGUAGAUUCUUUAUCUCACAUCAAGAUUAUCAGCAUUGAUUCAAGUUAUCCAUCAUCUACAAUUAGUUCUGAGUUAUGUUCCAGAACUGUUGGACUAACAUUUAAAGUAAAAACACCACUGGCUAAUUUUUGCAUUGCUAUUUUUAGACUUGAUGCCAUAGCCAUCAGCAUUUGUGAUAUUCCAGACCCACGUCUGCUGUAUUCUUGCAGUCCAAAAUUUGUAAGACAAUUCCAAGAAAUCUCUUUCCGAGUAAAAUAUUUGCCUUUUAGUUUAUUCCCAAUGAAAUUUGUUCAUGAUCUCAGUUUCUGGGAAAAUGGAGACUUCCAAGAAACUGAUCUCUACAGUAUUGUUCGUGACAUUGCUGGUGAUGUAGUUGUCAAUGUUGUUCUCAUCGAUCUCUAUACAGACAGUGAGAAUGGGAGAAAAAGCUGCUGCUACCGCCUUCAUUUCCUGUCUCAUGAUCAGGUUCUCUCAUAUUUAACAUCUUGGAAGCUACAAAGUCUAAUUAGGCUAGCUGUGGCCCAGAAACUGGGUGUGACAUUAAGAUAGAUCAAUGUCAGCACUGUCAAAGGAGCUUUCCUUAUUAUUAAAGCACUAGGCUACAACAUGCAUCAGAGAAACUAUUUCUUUGAUUGCUAUACAGAGCAAGAACUUGUAACAAUUUUAUCAACGAGCCAUUGUUAAAAACAAUGUUGUAAUUAAAUCUUUUCUAACAGUACUUUAAUCCCAAAAAUCUGUAUUACAAUGAUUACAUUUUUUAAUUAAGUAAACAUUUGUCUUUAUCAAAAUAGUAAUUUGUUACAGUGGAUGUGGUAGAUGAAUGGUAAAGCAUUAACUUGAGUACCAUUGUGUCUGUAGUCAGUGGUGACUGUUUUGUUCUAGUCAGAGGUAGCUUGUGCAGCAUGGUGGAUGAAAGUGAGGAACCAAAGAUAGAAUGAGCUUAUGAAAAUGAAUAAAACCAGUUACCAAUGUUAAAACAGAUUUAAUGUUAAUUUGUUACCAUUUUUCUUCAGCUAAUAAAAUUCUGUGAAGGAAGUCAGUUCUGCAGUUUAUUCAUUUGUAGGUUUUUUUUAGUCCUAAUGAGAAGUGAUUCAGAAGUUCAAAGAGUAUCCUUGAGUCCACUCAGCUCUAAUAACAUGUUAGGGAAUAUUAAGGCUGUCAUUGUGCUUGCCACAGAAAAAUAGGAAAUUUACAUCAUCUGUUCUAAUCAUUACUUUUUUUAAUAUAAUUUUUAUAGUUCUAUGAUAAACAAUAACAAAGUAUGCUGUUCCAGGUUUUUUGAAGUGGGUCUAGGUCCCUUCUUAUGGUUUGGUUUCAUCCUGUAAGGCAGACAAUGGCAUCUACCUCAGAUGUUGAAAAAUGUGCACCAGUUGUGUGACCUAGUGAAGUACUACACUCAAUCUUUAAUCUUCUGAAUCGAAGACAUUGCCAUGAAUUCUAUUAUAAUAGCUGAGUUUCUGAUUCAGAAUGCAGGCAUCAAGGUGAUUCUCUAUGCUGGAACAGAGGGAUGGUUGUGUUUCCCCAUUGUGCUCACCAAAUGCAAACUAAACCAUCAAAAGAUCUGAUACACAUUUUGUUCUGUAAUGUUUGUCUUUUUAUUUUUGGGGGGACAUCUCCUUUAAAUAGUUAAAUGAGGCAGCUAAGUGACAGAGCACUGAACGCUAACCCAAAGUAUUGAUAGCCAAGCCUCACAUGCUUGGUCUUUAUAUUAAAGUUAGAGGAGAAGAGAAAGUCUUUACUGAACAGACAUCAAUAUGUCUUUGGGUAUUAUGUGGAAUACAACUUAAAAUAUUCACAAGAAUUUCCAUGUAUUAUGAUAUAGUCUGUAAUAGAACUAAAGUAACUCACUUCAACUAUACAUUUCAUUAAUAUAAAAUUGUAAAAGGAGCAAGCACUUAUAUUGUCUGUAAAUUAAUAAUGACAUUUUGUAUCAUUCAGUUUUCUAUAUUUGAUAACUAAAAUUUCCAUUACUCUACUUAUAAAGAAGUCUCCUAGUGAAAUAUUUGACAAACAAAAGGUACUCUUUUGUUGGUAUUAAACUAAAAUGUAAGUUCACGAACACAAUCUGAUCACAUGACAUAAAUAGCAAGAAAUUAAACAGCAGUUUAAGAAAUGAUUUAUUGAGUAUACAAAGACACACAUUUUAAAAUAUAUUGAUUUUAAUUACAAGAAGAAAAGCAUAGGAUACCAAAAAUAUUGCAUACAAAAUUAAAACCCAUCUUUGUCAUCAUUCACUGAGAGUGAGAAGCACCAACAAUGAUAAAAUAGUUCUACAUAAUAAUCUAGAUAAUAAAUAUGAAGUAAUUUUGUAAUAUUUCUAGGAUUUGAAAUAUUUAAUACAUUUAGAGAAAAUAUAUUGAUAUAUAUAGUUUAGUUUAUCUACUCAAUAGUGAACAUUUAAAUUUGACAAAUUAAAACAAGCAAAAUAUUU